AUGUGUUGUACAAUCGUGAAUACGUUGACGCAGGAAGACAAAAUCAAUUUGGACAAAGCCAGUGUGGAAUGUCAAAACCACGAUUUGGGAACUGAUCAACGGUUUGCUGAGUUUCGCGAUUCGGUUUAUAACGAACUAAUCGAAUGGCUUCGAAGCUCAGUGGCUGCUACUUUGGUCGCUGUAUUUCUGGCCUUCGUCGGUCUGGCACUGAUGCUUUACUUUAUACGCUUCUGGUUACGCACAAUCACCUUGGCUGAGUAUCACGGUUACGAACGACUGAGCGUGGCAUUCAUUCUAAUGCUGUCCGGCUUUAUGUACAAGAUGGGCUUGUUUUUCUUACAUUUGGAAUACGUGCGUGAGAAAGUCACCUACUCCAAAAAUAUGCCGUACAUAUUUACCAGUUGGCCAUUGGUUAUACGUCAGAAUACGGAUAUCGCAUAUGCACAUUCGUACAAUCUUCUUUGGGCAGCUUUGAUAUUCGUGGAAUUGGCUGCAAUUCUUCUCCUGCUGUCCAUGUUGCUCAGUUUUUGUCUGGAAGAUAGCGAUGAUAGCAUGGAGAAAACACUGAACUACAAACUUUCUUUGCCCCGAUAUUCUACCUGGGACACAUCGCACCCGCUUCCCGAGGAACACGAAGACGAGGCAGAGGAUGACGAGGAAGAUGAGGAUGCAGAGGAAUUGCCACCCCCACCGCGUAAAAAUAUGGUCUACUUCAAUGUGGAUUGA